AUGAGACACGGGUUCAGGCAUGCAAAGUGCAGUGUGCUGCUGCAGCUCAGCCACGCUGUCUCGGUGUGUGAGCUCCAGCUUGCACUGCAGAGAGCUCAAGAUAAGUGGCUGCAACCGAAACUUAUAGGAAAGGUGGAGAGAGUUGGUCGAGAGCUGUGUAAGGAUGCGGAGCCCUCAAGUGGCAGACUCAUGCGUUGCACCUCCUCAUCAUCACUGGAUGAUAUCUGUCAGUCAGGCACACACUCCAGCCUCACAUGCUCCGUCAUAGAGCCAGGAUCCAGCCCAGCUCUUCAACCAGAGGGACAGUCCUGCAGCAGUCAGCUUUUUGCCCUAACCAUCAAUAUCAGCAGCCCGACAGUUGAUGUUAACUUCAUAAAAAGCAUGUUGUCCAAAGUCCCUGAUUGUAAUAACAUGUCAGAGUCAUUGUGCAGAAACUAUUCUGAGGUUGCAGAGCACUUCAAGGUUGAGCAGCUUGAAUGUCAGAGGACUGAACAGAGGCUGUACAGUUGCAUGGUGAUACUGGAGACGUCCGGGCCUGUGGAUGUUUGCCUCCUCACUAACUUUCUCCAACGACUCAUCGACAGCAGUGGCAGCAUCACAUACGACGAGCCGCUCACUCGCAUGGUGGUGUGCGGUCCUCCAGGCUUACAGUCCACUGCUCUGUUGCCGUCCAACCUGACCUGGGUCGCCAGUGAACUGCUCCCCUCCGAGAUCUGCAACCCUGACCACACAUUACUGAAGUGCGAUGGCAAUGAGAUAUUUGCUGUGCUGCUUGUUGACCGCUGUCUGGACCCUCCUCUGCCUCUCCCAACCAAUCACAGCACACAGCAGAACUCCACUCUGUCCAACAGCAACCUCACUUCAGCCACUGUGACUACACCUCCAUCUCCGCCACACAGCACAACUCAACAAAAUACCACAGCAGCUGAAAAUAAUGCAGUAACUCAAUUGAAAAAUGAAACAGAAGGAACAGUUGCUCUGCCAAACAUGACUCCACACACAACGCAUAACAGUACACAAAAGACAACAGUGCAACCUGUCCUCGAAGGAAGCACACAAAACAUAUCGACCACAGGAACUCCACUGAAUUUCAGCACAAUAGAAAUGCUCCAAAAUACAGCUCGCUAUAACAAUAUCACAUUUAAUGUAACAUCACCAAGCUCAAGGAGUACUGUAAAUACAACAUUGCUUGCUUAUCAAGGUUUCUUGCCGAAUGCGACUUCACACAGUGUUACCAAGGAAGUGAACGCAGGCGGAUUUUUGUUUAACACAACAAACACAGCACAACCCAGAAUGACUGCCAUGCAAAUCAAUACAACACAACUGAAUCGGACAGAUACUUACACGACUGGAAACCAAGCCUCAAUUUCAACACAUCCCAACACAACAGCACUGUCGGCUCAUGCAGCACAGCCAGAUGCGAUGCUACAUAACACAACAACAGCUGCAGACAGUGUAGCAGUUUAUAAUACAACCACCACAAGUAACACAACAAUGCAAACAAAAACCCCUGGACGUGAUAAUACAACCAGCACAGGUAAUACAACAACACAAACAACAACACCUGGACGUGAUAAUACAACCACCACAAGUAACACAACAACGCAAACAACAGCCUCUGGACGUGAUAAUACAACCACCACAAGUAACACAACAACGCAAACAACAACACCCGGACGUGAUAAUACAACCAGAACAGGUAAUACAACAACGCAAACA